AUGGGCCUUGGGCCUUACUUUAUGAUACGAAACGACAUCGUUAUUACCAAUCGAUACUCGAAAGAACACAUUUUCCUUCAUUAUCGCCUUCUGACUUCUGUGUUCCGCUGGAGAAGGCAAGUUCAAGUAUCGUCUACUGAUUCCUUUUCUUCUCUUUCCGUUUCCUCGGCUCGGAAUGUUGUCGGAGUUCUCUACCCCAACUCUGCUUCUGGUAAUAUCAUCGAACAUCUUGUGUGCCUCAAAUAA